CUCCCUGGCCCAGCGCAGACAACUGCACCGGCUCCUCUCCUCCUCUUUCUCCUCCUCUUUCUCCUCCUCCAGGCCCUACACCGGUGGAGAGAUGAGGGCGGUCCUCUUCGCCCUGCUGGCCUGCGGGAUUGUGGGGUUGUGCCUGGCCGUUCCCGAGAAGAACGUGAGAUGGUGCGUCAAGUCGGACAAUGAAUUGAAGAAAUGCAGCGAGCUCAAAGAUGCGAUGAAAGAGGCCGCCCCCACCUUAAACUGUGUCAAGAAGACCUCCGCCCUCGAGUGCAUCAAGGCUAUCGCGGAUAAUGAAGCUGAUGCCAUAUCUGUUGAUGGCGGUUUGGUCUAUGAAGCGGGCCUGGCCCCCUACAACCUAAAGCCUAUUGUGGCUGAGGACUACGGCACUCCAGAGCAACCCCAAACUCAUUACUUUGCUGUGGCCGUGGUGAAGAAGGGCACUGACUUCCAGUUCAAAGACCUCAGUGGCAAGAAAUCCUGCCACACCGGCCUGGGCAGGUCCGCGGGCUGGGUCAUGCCCAUCGGACGUCUCCUGGAACUCAAAAUCCUGAACUGGCCGGGAGCGGCCACUAUGCCCAUCGAGAAAGCCGUGGCCAGGUUCUUCUCCGGGAGCUGCGUCCCCUGUGCCGCCGGGAAGGAUCCCAACCUCUGCCGUCUCUGCAAGGGAGCGGGCAACGACAAGUGCGCCUGUUCGGACCGUGAACCCUACUACGGCUACUCUGGGGCCUUCGCGUGCUUGAAAGAAGGUGCAGGGGAUGUGAGUUUUGUCAAGCACACUACUGUGCUCGAGAACCUGAAAACCCAGGAGGAGCAGGACCAAUACGAGCUGCUCUGUGAGGAUAACACCAGGAAGCCAGUGUCAGAGUACAUGACCUGCAACCUGGCCAGCGUGCCCUCCCACGCAGUCGUGGCUCGCAGCGUCGAUGGCAAGAGAGAUCUCAUCUGGGAGUUCCUCAACCAGGCCCAGGAAAAAUUCGGCCAGGACAAGAAAGAUGGGUUCAACCUCUUCAAGUCUCUUCACGGGAAAGACCUGCUCUUUAAGGAUUCUGCUAAAAGGCUCCUCAGCAUCCCAUCCAAAAUGGACUCCGCGCUGUAUCUGGGCUACAAAUACACCCGGGCUAUCCAAAAUCUGAGGAAAGAGAAGAGCACUGCGGAGUCCAAUAAGGUGCUGUGGUGCACGGUGAGCAAGGACGAGAAGGCCAAAUGUGACCAGUGGAGCGCCGUGAGCGGGGGGGCCGUCGAGUGUGCCGUGGCUGAGACCACCGAAGACUGCCUUGCCAAGAUUAUGAAAGGGGAAGCCGAUGCCAUCAGCUUGGAUGGAGGAUUUGUCUACACUGCUGGCAAAUGUGGAUUAGUGCCGGUCCUGGCAGAGAGCUAUGCACCUUUAGACUCUACCACAUCUGACUGUGUGAAGAGGACUGCGGAAGGAUACUACGCCGUGGCCGUGGUCAAGAAGUCCGACUCCAGUCUCCAGUGGGGCCAGCUGAAAGGCAAGAAAUCGUGCCACACGGCAGUCGGGAGGACCGCCGGCUGGAACAUCCCCAUGGGCAUACUGUACAACCAGACUCAAAACUGCAAAUUCGGCGAGUACUUCAGCGAAAGCUGCGCUCCUGGUUCGGAUGUGAACUCCAACCUCUGCGCGCUCUGUGCCGGGAACCCCAAGACGGACAAGGUGCACAAGUGCGUCGCCAACAGCAACGAGCAGUACUACGGCUACACCGGAGCGUUCAGGUGCCUUGUUGAGAAGGGAGAUGUUGCUUUUGUGAAAGACAGCACUGUCCUGGAGAAUACAGAUGGACAAAACUCAGAUUCCUGGGCCAAAGACCUGAAGAGCAGUGACUUUGAGCUGCUGUGCCUGGAUGGUACCCGGAAGCCUGUGACCGAAGCUAAGUCGUGCCACCUGGCCCAGGCUCCCACCCACGCCGUGGUCUCCCGGGCAGACAAGGCCGACGUCGUCCGCCGGAUGCUGCUCAACCAACAGGAGCUCUAUGGAAGCCAAGGAAGUGAAAAAGACAUCUUCGAGCUGUUCAAGUCCCAGACCAAAGACCUCCUGUUCAAAGACUCCACUGUGUGCUUGGCAGACCUUAAGGAUAAACUAACUUAUCAGAAAUUCCUGGGAUUGGAAUAUCUCACAGCCGUAUCCGGUCUGAGCCAGUGCUCUACCUCCGAACUCCUGAAAGCCUGCAACUUCCACACGGAAUAGGAACCCUGUCCCGAAGAACACCCAGACAGGACCAAGAAUCAGACUGCUCCACUUCCCUCCUGUUCUCCAUGCCCAACUCCAGCGCCGUAGGGAGUCCUCCAGGCUUCUGCCUCCUCCUCAUUUUCUUUUCCACCUGGCCCCUGAGAGGUUUCAGUUUCAUCCACCUUAACAACUCCCUGCUGUUUUCUGAGCAAGAAAUAAAAUGAAAAAAAUUCCACCCCUUGGGUUCUCUUAAA